UGUGCCGGGUCAUGUGGAAUUGAAUAGGCUUUAAAAAUGCAGUGCCAGCUAAAAAAACGCUAAAUCUCAUAUUGGUGCGCAGUGGAAGUGGAGCUUUCCAAAUCCCGCUGUAUCUGCAGUGGCUGCUCUGCUCUACAAUUUUCAGCUAACAUAUUCAAACGUAAUGCAAGUUUUAGAGUAACUCUGACACUUUUUGUUUACUUCACAAUUUUUGGGCAACAGUCCGUUUCACAGUAAUCCACCAUGUUUUGGUCACUAUUGUGCGUAACCGUUUGCUUGGCAUCCCUACCUGCCGAAGCACAGAUCUCAAAUAGGUACGUUAUCGGCUGUCCCAGUCGUUGUGACAAGGCGAUGUGCCCACGUAUGCCAGUUGAGUGCUUAGCAGGAAAAAUCCUCGACCACUGCAACUGCUGCCCGGUGUGCGCCUCUGGAGAGGGCGAAGCGUGCGGCGGCAAUGGGAAGCUUGGAGACCCGGUGUGUGCAGAGGGGUUGGAGUGUUCGGUAUCGGGCGGAGUGAGCUACUCUGCCACCGUCAGAAGAAGAGGGAAGAGCGGCGUUUGCGCCUGCAAAACUACCGACCCUGUAUGUGGCAGCGACGGUGUAUCAUAUCGUAACAUCUGCGAGCUCAAGAGAGUCAGCAACCGGGCGCUGAAACUUCAGCAGCCACCUGUUCUGUUCAUUCAACGGGGAGCUUGUGGAAAAGCCCAGGACAACCCUAACAGUCUGAGACACAAAUACAACUUCAUCGCUGACGUGGUGGAGAUGAUCGCUCCGGCCGUGGUUCACAUCGAACUCUACCGCAAGAUGGCAUAUUCUAAGAGGGAGGUGGCGGUGGCCAGUGGCUCAGGGUUCGUGGUGUCGGAGGAUGGACAGAUCGUGACCAACGCCCACGUUGUGGCCAAUAAGCAUAGAGUAAAGGUGGAGCUGAAGAGCGGCGCCACCUACGACGCCAAGAUCAAAGACGUGGAUGAGAAGUCCGACAUCGCACUCCUCAAGAUCGACUCACCAAUCAAGCUUCCUGUGCUGAUGUUGGGGCUUUCGUCAGACCUGAGGCCUGGGGAGUUUGUGGUGGCCAUCGGAAGCCCCUUCUCCCUCCAGAACACAGUUACCACAGGGAUAGUCAGCACAACCCAACGAGGGGGCAAGGAGCUGGGCCUACGCAACUCUGAAAUGGAAUACAUUCAGACUGACGCUAUUAUCAAUUAUGGUAAUUCAGGAGGCCCUCUGGUGAAUCUGGAUGGUGAAGUGAUCGGGAUCAACACUCUGAAAGUGACAGCUGGUAUUUCUUUCGCCAUUCCCUCCGAUAAGAUCAGAGAGUUCCUGACUGAAUCCUACGACAGACAGUCCCGAGGAAGAGCUGGGGCAAAGAAGAGAUACAUUGGUGUGAGGAUGAUGACACUCACUCCAGCGUUGACCAAGGAGCUAAAGGUGCGACACAAAGACUUCCCUGAUAUCACCUCUGGAGCGUACGUCAUGGAGGUGAUCUCCAAAACGCCGGCCGCAGCUGGCGGUCUGAAGGAGCAUGAUGUCAUCAUCUCCAUCAACGCCCAGCGGAUUUCCUCUGCAACCGACGUGAGCAACAUCAUCAAGAAGGAUGCCACGCUGCAGGUGGUGGUGCGCCGUAGUAACGAGGAUGUCAUCAUCACCAUCGUUCCCAUGGAGAUCGACCCCUGACUCCCCAGCCCCACCCAUGAGCUGAUGCUCAUUAGCAUCACCAAUGGAUCUUAUAUGGACAUGUGUGUUUAAUCGCGCCCCAAUCUGUGGCCUUUAGGGCUUUGUGGCAUCAUGCACCUGGACUCCGCCUUGAAAAGGAACGAUUGUAUAGAGCAUCUCAGCAGAGUUGUACUUCCUCAUCCAUGUGUAUUACACUUUUAUUAUUGUACGCUUCUAGUACUGUUAACUGUUAAACACUAGCUAGUUGACCUGUUUUGACUUGUUUGUUCUGUGUUUUUUUUAUACUGACUGAUUUUUCAGAUGGAGGCCCACCGUGGCAAUGUAAAACAAUGUAGAGAGCAGCUCUGAGCGAGUUGUGCAAUUAUUUUUUUCUAAAUUCCUAUUCUAAGUACUGUAGUUUUAUGGUGUAUUUGUUGAUGACAUUUACAGAGAAGAGAAUAAAGUCUUAAGUGUUUUAUGAUGGUAA